AUGCCCAAGUCUGCGAUUUCCACCCUGCUAGUCACAUUUGGCGAGAUUCGCGGAUGGAAAGGGGCAUUUCACGCCCAUCAGUUCCGGUAUGGAAGUGGUAAAGUGAUCAACGAGAGUGGGUGGGUGAGCAAGGAGCAACAUAUGUUGAUCAUGAAGCAUGCCAGCCCCUGCACCUUUCUCAACCACUAUCAUCCCCUGCAAAUCGACACUGACAUGAUCCGGGUGAUCUGUGGCCUUGACCCGGAUGUGGAACUGAUGCGAGCUGUUACACGGCAAAGCAGUUGGCGAGACACGCGACGCCCACGCUACUUGACCGAUCAACAAAGGGCACAGGUUGAAGAACAUUCUGAGUUGGAAGAGGCACGGCGCAACCUAGACAAUAUCCGCGCGCAGUACGAGGAGACCCAGGAACCCGGCCUGCUUCCUAGACUCCAGCAACGGGAGAAGGAGGUGAGAAAUACGCGAAAAAGGUUGCACCGGAGCUUACGACAUGAGAUCCGAGAGAAAUUUGAUGAAGAGCAAGCCUUCUUGGAUAUCGAGGCGCAGCUGUCGGGUACCACAGUCAAGGAAGAGAGCGAAGACUCACCCUUGGAAGACACCAUGCACCCCCUUCAGUUGCAUCUCGUGCAGAGUCUUCUUUCCUACCCUGUUUCUAACUCGUUGGAGGAUGAGUGGCAUCGGCGCGAUACGGGUACUGCAGCGGUUGUUCAGAAAGCUCCUGAAUCUGCUUCGCCGACUGGAAGGUCUCUGGUUUCUGGAGCGGCCCUUCCUGGAAUGACUCAAGCUCCUCGAAUGCCGCUCAAAAGCCCAAUCGUGCCAGUCUUAUGA